GAGCAGUAUGAAUGAGCCUCUAGUAGUGUAAUUCUCCUGGAUCCUCCAAGCCCCAAGGUCCUUGGGUUAUUGGUUAAAAUAGAAACACUGCAUAACAAGCAGUGGGUCAAGUGUUUCGAUUCCCUUGGAAACAUCAACUUUUCUAUUCAAAUUUUAAAUUGUUUUUUUUUCUUUUUCACUUAUUAAAGCAUUCAUCUGUUAGAGUGAACUUUUUCAAGAAUGGCCGCACGCUCAUUAGCAAGAUAUGCUCAAUCGAGGGCAAUUACACCCCAGAUUCAUCGGUGCGCCACAUCGAUGUCUGCGUUUGAAAUUCAACACAGAACUCCAACAAUCAAGAAGAUCAUGCCAAUACCGAAGGCCCACUACGGUGGUCGUCAUGCUGUGACACUUUUACCUGGGGCUGGAAUCGGCCCUGAGCUAAUGGGAUACGUUAAAGAGGUAUUCAGUUACGCAGGAGUACCAGUGGACUUCGAGGACGUGGACAUCGACCCAAAUGCAGAUGACAAUGAAGAUUUGGACUACGCCAUCACCUCGAUUCGUCGUAAUGGUGUCGCCCUAAAAGGAAACAUUGAGACUCGUUCCCGAGAGGCAGGAGUCCUGUCUCGUAACGUCGCUCUUCGUAAUGAGCUCGAUCUUUAUGUCAAUGUUCUCCACUAUGUCUCGUAUCCCGGUGUAAAUUCUCGUCAGAAGAAUAUUGACAUCGUGAUGGUGCGCCAGAAUACCGAAGGUGAAUACGCUAUGCUCGAGCACGAAUCUGUGGACGGAGUCGUUGAGAGCAUGAAGAUCAUCACUCGAUCAAAUUCUGAGAGAGUAGCUCGUUAUGCAUUUGAAUACGCUAAACGUAAUGGAAGAAAGAAAAUAACGACAGUCCACAAAGCCAACAUCAUGAAGCUCUCCGACGGUCUCUUCCUUGAGACAUCGAGACAAAUUGCCAAGGAGUACCCCGACAUUCAGCUUAACGAUAUGAUCAUCGACAACACUUGCAUGCAGCUCGUCUCUAAUCCCCACCAGUUUGACGUCAUCCUGACGACAAAUCUGUACGGUGCAAUCGUCUCAAAUGUUGUUUGUGGCCUUCUAGGGGGAGCUGGAUUACUUGCUGGUAAAAACUACGGUGAUCACUACACCAUUUUCGAGCCAGCAACCCGUAACACAGGUGCAGCCAUCGCUGGAAAGAACAUUGCCAAUCCCAUUGCUAUGCUCAAUGCAGCUUGUGACAUGUUGCGUCACCUUGGCCACAAGACUCAUGCCACUGUCAUCCAAACUGCCAUUAACAAAACCAUCAAUGCUGGUGUCCACACCGCUGAUCUUGGAGGUACUGCAACCAGCCGGGAUGUCAUCGACAGUGUUCUUAAGCACAUCAAAAUCGCAACCUCAGAAUUUUAAACCUUGACAAACUAAUAUCGUUGCACUUGUUAGAAAUCAAUUGAUAUUUUUUCAUAUCUCAUUAAAACAGUUCAGGAUUGAUCUUCUCAAUUGAGCUUUUGGAUAAUUAUCAAAUUCAGGACUGCACAAUUUUUUUCGAUUUAGGUCUGCAGGUGAUUCCCUCGUACUAUUGUGCACUAGUAUGACGAUUGGUCGCUUCUUAAAAGUUAAGAAGUUUGGCGAUUCAGACAGGGAUGCUUUGUAAUAUAUGCAUUGUGAUCAAUUAGUAAAAUUCUGCGAUUUCUUUCUGUCAUUGUAAUUUCCCUGACUGAUUAAACGACUUGUAAUGUUA